AUGACUAGUCGCUCUCAUAGCACAGCAGCAACAGCUCCGAUGGGAAGCACAAAAGGACGACCGCCUGUGCACACGACCACCAAGCCACUCUUCAUCGCUUCACAACGCGAUCGGCUACGCAGGAAGCCAUGGAACAUCGCUGCGGCCAUGAAACAGGGCGUUGAGGCGCUAUCAGUCGUAUGUCGUGACUAUCAAAUGCCGGUGAUACAGAAGAAAUAUCACGCGGAACGCAGAAGUUUGAGUUCCGGAGAGUGCAUUGGGAACAGUAGUGUGGCAUAG